CAAAGUUACUGAAUCGCAAGGCACACGACCUGACAACAGAUUUCAGAUUCACUUUCUUUGUUCCAUGCUGUGUUCACCUCAGCUACGGGGGUCCUUCAGCAUGGCCGCACACCUCAGUUUAUGCCUCCAGAUUGUUGUCAUGUUUCUGUGUUGCACAGCAUGUAGCACUGGCAUUUCCUGUAGAAAUGAAGCUGGUGAGCCUGUUGAUUGGUUUAUCAUUUACAAGCUGCCCAAGUAUAAGAUCGGUGAGGUCGGCAGUGGGGUGGACUACAUGUACCUGGACCCUUCAGUAGAGAACUGGCAGAUGAGUAAAUUCACAGUUAACAUCAGUCAAGGAGCCAUAGGGAACACACUGAACCAGCUUUACAUGGGAAAGGCCUACAAGUCUAACAGCUCAGUCUACGCACUCUACAAUGAUGCUCCACCGAUCCUGGAUUACAGGGAAGAAUACGGACACACUAAAGGGGUGCUGCUCUUUGACCGCUCUCAAGGUUUCUGGCUAUCGCACACCAUUCCCCACUUCCCGUCGUUCCCUGAGAGAGGCUACCUUUACCCCUCCUCUGGUAAAGUCAAUGGCCAGACUGCUCUGUGUGUGACCUACCAGUACGAACAAUUUCUCCAUAUUGCAAAGCAGAUGGUUUACCUUUACCCUCGUUUCUAUAACUGCUCUGUACCUGCUGCGUUCUCGGCCGACCUGCCACAGCUUGCCCAGUUAUGUGAGGGCUCCAAACCACCACUGGGCUCUGAUAAGGGGGUGGAGCAGCUUUUCUCAGUCCACGGGGAGAAGUUUGUCAGUUUUGCCAAAUCUGAACGCUUUGUGGAUGAUAUCUACACAGGAUGGGUGGCUCAGGUCCUGGAUGCCGACCUGCUGGUGGAGACAUGGCAGAGACAAGGUCACGUGCUGCCCUCCAACUGCUCCCUGCCCAAACACACCAUGAACAUCAAGAGGAUUCGGCUUUCUGGAUCAGUCCUGUUCCUGUCCUACCACGACCACUCCAAAUGGUGUGUGUCGCAGGCUUAUGAGAACCAGGUGACCUGUCUGGGCGACCUGAACAGGGAGAGGGCCCAACUGUGGCGUGGUGGGGGGCUGAUCUGCUCCUUAAACCCCUUGAUUUACAAGGCUUUCAGACAGGUAGUGGACUGGUAUAUUGACUGUUGAACUACACAGGAGGACAGGAUGGCUAGGACUGUAUCAGUCUCCGACUCAGAUUUAAAUCUGUUUUAAAGUUGUGCGACUAAAUGUGGAGGUUGAUCCUGUUAGAGGCCUCAGGCAAUCAAAUUAGACGUCAAUUAAAAAAACAAAAAAACAGGGCUUUAAUAGCUGCUUAGCUAAUUGGAUCCUAGUUGAGAGUCAAACUUAUAUCCCAGUGAAUUCUCCUUCCAUUUAUGCUUCAGCUGGAGAUCUGUAAUAUGUGCAUCUUGACACACAACAAUUGCACAAAAAACUUUGCUAUAUCAGAGGAGAAAACAAAGUAUGAUUUUGAUUUGCAAAUGUCAAAGCUUUAGAAUCUAUUGAUUAAAAUAAUUUAAUGUAAAUAAUAAAGAUGCAAGAUACAAGUGU